AUGCCUAGCAUAGCAACGCAUCCUCAGGCAAAGUUCGACCCGAUUCCACCAGAUCUCGACCUGCAUGGCUUGGUCGACCGGACCCCGAACUUCGAAUGGGUCCAGCGCAUCCCCGCUUCUAAGAUCAGGAAGAUCGAAUUCGAGAAGCUUGUGUGGUACCAGGUGAUCAAGCAAGGGAAGCCUCUCGUGAUCGAAGGUUGGAAUAGCAAGCUCCCGAGAUCUCUGUUCAGUUCGCAAUGGCUCGAGGCGAAUUACGACAAGAAGCAGGAGGAUGUGCGCGACAUCAAUACGCAGUCUAACAUCCCGAUGACGAUGGGCCACUACCUGCGGUCGAUGCGCCAGCUGACCGAUCAGUGGACCCCGAACAACUUCCAGGACGAGCGAAGGCAACGACUCUAUUUGAAGGAUAUCGAUUGUCCACCAGAGUGGCAUGACCAUCUACGCAAGGUUAUGCCGCCGGGACUGUUUUAUUUCAACGAGAAUGUCGAGGACCACGGCCUCAGAGACGACGACCUUUUCAUGGAAGAGCAUACGGCCGCUCCAGCAGGAGACCUCAUGAGCAGCCUUCCCCCAGAAAUGCGGGCACAAAACCUGAUGUGCUAUAUCGGACACGAAGGAACAUACACACCAGCACAUCGUGAGAUGUGUGGUUCCCUCGGCCAGAACAUCAUGGUCGAAGCUUCGGGCAAUGAAAACGGAGAAAAAGAGGGCAGCUCGAUCUGGUUCAUGACUGAAACCAAGGACCGGCAGAUCGCUCGAGAGUACUUCUUGUCAAUGUUAGGUCACGACGUUGAAAUUGAGAAGCACUUUGCCCAGAUUAACGCUUGGAAGAAGGCAACGUUCCCGGUCUAUAUUGUCGAGCAGAGGCCCGGCGACUUCAUUCUCAUUCCGCCUCUCGCGCCACAUCAAGUGUGGAAUCGUGGUACCAGAACCAUGAAAGUGGCGUGGAACCGCACAACCGUCGACACGCUUGACUAUGCCCUGCACGAAGCGCUGCCCCGAGCGAGGCUCGUCUGCCGAGACGAGCAGUACAAGAAUAAAGCCAUCAUCUACUUUACGCUGCAAAAGUACUAUCAGCAGCUGCAAGAUGCAGCAGAGUCUCAGAUGUCGCUUCUUUUGGGUGAUGAAGUUGGCAGGGACUCUGUGAGGCUUACGCAACUGAAGAAGGAUUUUAAGAAACUCCUUCAGCUUUUCACAGAAAUCUUGGUGGACGAGAUGUUCGCCUCAAAGGAGAAGAACGUGGAGAUGAUCCCCUUCGACUCCUGUGUCAUCUGCUCUUACUGCCGAUCCAACAUCUUCAACAAGUUUCUGACAUGUAAGCAUUGUGUUCGAGACCUCAUUGAUGGUGACCAGGACACAUACGACGUCUGCAUGGAAUGUUACGCCAUGGGCCGAUCCUGCCUCUGUGUGUCAGGGCUUUCGUGGUGCGAGCAGUGGGACUGGUCUGAGCUUGUUGAGAACUAUGAGGCGUGGCGGACCAUGGUCAUCUUCAACGAUAAUUACGUCGAUAUGAAUCUGUCACCGCUGCCUCUCGAGGUUGCCAGAAUGAAGAUUGGCAGGAAAGCUUUGGCCCAGGUCUGCCAGGAACAACUACGGCGGCGACCUUUCAACGACAUCUCAAAACCUGACAAAGAGCCUGAUCCUGAGCCGUCAGAUCCUGAAGUAAACGAGGAAGGACGACCCAAGAAACCCAAGAGAAAGAAGAAAAAGGGCGACACAUACACGUGCCACACCUGUUGCCACAAAGAUUACACCUACCGCCUGGCCUUCUGCACCACACCAGGUUGUAACCAGGCAUAUUGUUUUGGCGUGCUCUAUCGGGCCUUCGAUAUGAUGCCACAAGACGUACUACAAGAAGAGCGCUGGCAAUGCCCGCGAUGUCGAUUGAUUUGCAAUUGUGGAGGAUGUCGGAGGACGGGCAUUACGAACCCAUACGAGCCGAAGAAUACGUACAUUGGCCACGACACCCGUGCUGUUGCAGACGACCGCAGCCAAGAGUCGUUGGUCGAUUUCCGCGUGCACAACUUGAACUGGCUCAAUGCCGCGGGAGAUGGCAGUCGCAAUCACAAUAGCAAACGGAUCCAGCGGCUGCGCCAGGAAGCCGAAGCAGACAAGGCCAGAGACAACGCCGACGCCGCAGGUGACCUUGCUGGCAACGAUGCAGCUCCUGACCAGGAUGGCUUGUCGCAGCAGCCUGGCCUAGCUGGACCUGGAAACCAGGAAGAGAUGGCAGAGACCAAUGGAGCUCCAGCUCAUGAAUCUGAUGCGAACAGCCUUCAGCAGCAAGCAUUUAAUGGUGCUGCCAAUGGCACGGAUCUGUCCAUGCUUCCUGAUGCCCGGGCUUCUCUGUUCCCCGAGAGUGAAGCCUACCCGGACCCUUCGACGCUUGGUGCAGAACGAAGAUUGGGGAUGGGCUACUAUGAGCAGGACGACACACCUAACAAGAUUCUCUUUAACCCGUACCAGGAGCCAACUGAAAGAGAUGAUCUCGUCAGCGAUUUCGAGGAAUCUGAGUGGGUCAAGAAGUCCCUGCGCGCGGCCAAGCGACGAGCUCGGCAUGAGGAUGAAGACCCAGAUUUCGUCGUCGGCAGGUCACAUAAGAGGAAGAAGACCAAACCCGAUGCAGAGCUUUCGCGGGACAGCACACAAAACCUCGAUCCGGCACUUCUCGGCAAUGACACGGUCAUGCAUAAUGCUGCUCCGGAGGGUAUCGAGCCUCCGGAAGCGCCCGUUGACACAGAUGACCCUUUUGCUGAGCAGGACGAGCAAGAUGAGGGACCCAUAGAUCGUGGCCGACCAUUCGAUCUGAAUGUACCCACACUGCGGCACUCGAGGCCCAAGGUCUCGUAUGCAGAUACGGGGGAUGUUGACGAGUUCAAUGAAGUUGUGUCGGCAAAACCCAGAAGUCAUAUGCCCAAGGCUACGCCAGCGCCGAACGAAGCGAGCAGAGACCCUGUCGAUCUCGCUGCGCAAGCCAUGCGUGCCAUCACUGGUGUUCCGCCAACCCCAGAUCCUGCGUCGGCUCCCAUCCGCAAGAGAGGACCAGGCAGGCCUCGACGAUCUGACACAGGCCCUGCUCGCUCUUCGCCUCAGGCGACUGCUAAGCCCACCACGCCACAAACAGGACCCCCAAAGCGCCGUGGCCGCCCACCAAGAUCAUCCUUAGCCGCCAAUGCCCUGGAUCCAGACAAUGAGCCAGAGACCCCAACAGAUUCAGCUACCGAUGACUUCGAGCAACAACUCGCUAAAGAAUUGGGAGACGAGGAGGCAGUUGGAGACUCACCAAGGCUACCUGUGUCUGCCCCAAGGCGAAGGGGCCGGCCUCCAAAGAAGGCUGCUCAGGGGUCUGAGAAGCCAGACCGCACAAGUGCAACGCGGUCCGGGGGAUCACCUACGGCUGAUCCUGCACCUCCUGCCGAGAAAUUCAUGUCGAUGGCUGAGCGUAUGGCGCUCAGAGGCAAGAAGGUCAAGAUCGGAAAGAGGAGAAGUGGCCGAGAAGCGCCUGCAGCAGAUGCGACCGCGGAUGGUGGUGUCCAGGCAGCUCCUCCUACGGACGACGCUCCCGCCCCGGCAAAGGAAGCGCCAGAUAACGAUGGCAUUCCCGGCCCGGUACUGGAAGCUCCGGAUAGUGAUGGAGCGCCUGGCCCGGUAGAGGAAGUGCCGGACAAUGGUGAAGCACCCGCGCCAGAAGAAGAUGCUCAAGACAAUCAUGGUCUACCUGGUUCAACAGAUGUACCCCCAGAAAAUAUCGACACGCUCUCUCCUGCAGAAGCCUCAGAAAAUGACGACGUGUCAAUGGAGGAUGCGGAGUCUGACGAAGGCGCGGAACAGUACAUGUCAUCAGGACCAGCAAGUGUUGCACCCGAGUCAAAGGAGGCCAGCGUCGCGCCUCGGUCGAGGCUUCAGAGUUCGGUGGCCCCUCUGUCAAGAGGGUCCAGCCGUGCGCCAGCCAUCGAGAGGUUGGAGCCUUCGCCUCCACCACUUCCGGCCAAGCCAGCAGGCCCAACUGUCGUGCGGCUCGGUGAUUCGGAGGAUGAGGAGACGGGAGGGCCAACAAUUGUGAGACUGGGCGAUUCGGAUGACGACGGAUACAGCUACUACAGCGAUGAUGGCGCCGAUGAAAACGGCUCUGUCUCUGUCUCUGGCUCUGUCUCUGGCUCUGUCUCUGGCUCUGUCUCUGGCUCUGUUGCUGGUUCCGGGUCUGACGAAGAUGAUGAUGACGAGGAUAUCCCAGCGGAAGCAUCGGCUCGAGCAAAUCCAGGCCCAAGUGGUCGAAUGGCUACGAGAGGCGGGGUCAGAGGUCGAGGACGGGGCCGAGGACGUGGUCGUGGCCGGGGAAGGGGCGGAAUAUGA